UUCUAUGCGCGGACGCGUCGUUGCCAUGGGGACGACUCCUGAAACAAGCGUUGACACCUCGGCGUCAUCAGCGCGCGUGAACAAAAUCCUCCUCAAGAUAAACACAGACGAUCCUCAAGCUUCAGAUGUGUGAGGGGCCGUCAUCGAUAUCUGGGCCAAUCCCCCCGGAUCCUUCACUGUUUCCUCAGUACUACAACAAACAGCCUGCUUCAGCUCGUGGACGCUUAGAGGGGAACCAUAAUGUUACGUUGGGCCUGCUCUCAGGGCCCCUUGCUCCAGAUCCUGUGUUGUACCCAGGCUACUACAGUGCUCGUACCCCAGCACAUCCGUCCCGUAUCGGGCCUAAUGCCGCACAUAUUAUGGAGCGAGGACGGAGAGGCGUAAUAGGGGAUCUCCUCAAACUAGACGGUGUUUCAAUUACCCCUGUUCCCAAACAGAGACAGCGAAUUCACGACUUCAGUAAAGAGAAUGUACGUCAUCUCCGGGAAAUCCAGAGACGCUGCAAAGAGCAGGAGGCCGUGAGAGCACAGUCUCGUCCGGUUCCAGUCAAAGCUCUCUGGACUUCCUCCAAAUACGAGACUGUCCCAUCCAGGCUCAUGGUCCAGCUUCAGGUUUCAAGUCCAUCGGUUAAACCACAGUGUCAGAACUUUCUGAAGGCCCACUCUAACGGGGGAUCUACUACCCCAACAAGACCACGCUCCAAAACCUCUCCUGUAGCUUUGCACCGCCCUGCGUCCUGUAACUCUGCACGUGACCUGGAUUUGCAUUUACAGGUUCAGGGUCAGAACAUUGACUUCAUUAAACAUAACGCCCGAGCGGCAGGAAAAGCUGUGAUGCGUCGGUCCCAGUCACUGACCAACCUGAGAGACAAGCCUGUGCCCAGUGCAGUCAAGGGACAGGUGCCUCUGUAUCUUGAAGAAAGGAAGGAGCAAUGGCGUAAAGAGGAGGAGGAGAGGAGGAGGAACGCACCUGAUCCCUCAGCCCCAGCAGGUCACACCCUGAUGCCUGAGAGUGAGCGACAGGAGACGCUGAAGUCCCUCAAAGAGUCCCAUUGCUCCCUGGUGACUGAGCUGCUGUCACUUCCGCUCAAAGCUGACCAUCUGAGUCUUCGCUCGAGAAGGACCCAGCUUGAUUGUCGGCUUUCUGAAAUCGAGGAGGCCAUUAAGAUAUUCUCAAGGGACAAAGUUUACAUAAAAAUAGAUUCCUAACACACAAGAAGAAGAGGAGGAGAGGGAGAUGGAAGAAAGAAGAAGAGGAGGAGGAGGGGAGACGGACCUGUAGAUCAACUGCUUUAUCGAGAUUUAUCUUUCAUUUGUAGCUGCAUUAUGUAACACAAUACUGAACCAUGUUUAUUAUAUGUUUUUAAAGGGCUGGGAAUUGAAUUUUAAAGUUAAUGAUUACAAUCUUAUCUUGGAGGAAAAAAGCAAAUGCUAAGUACAUUAAGUUAAUUGAAUAAAUACCUCCAUUAGAUCCUAAAGUAUUUUUGUAACAGAGUGUUGUCGUUUUAAAAACAUCGUUAUUCA